CCCUUGUGGCUCGGUCCCCCUCUCCCGCAGCCUCCACCGAAGCGCCAUGGCUCCCAGGAAGCGUGGCAGUCGGAUGAACAAGACCAACUCGUUGCGGAGCCAAAAGCUCGCCUCCUUUCUUAAGGACUUCGACCGUGAAGUGCAAGUACGAAUCAAGCAAAUUGAGUCAGACAGGCAGAACCUUCUCAAGGAGGUGGAUAACCUGUACAACAUCGAGAUCCUACGGCUCCCCAAGGCUCUGCGCGAGAUGAACUGGCUUGACUACUUCGCCCUUGGAGGAAACAAACAGGCCCUGGAAGAGGCAGCAACAGCUGAUGUGGAUAUCACAGAAAUAAACAAACUCACUGCAGAAGCUAUCCAGACUCCCCUGAAACCUUCCAAAACACGAAAGGUAAUACAAGUGGAUGAAAUGAUAAUGGAAGAAGAAGAGGAGGAGGAAAAUAAACAUAAGAAUCUUCAAACUUCAAGAGUCAAAAGGUGUCCUCCAUCUAAGAAGAGAACCCAGUCCGUACAAGGAAAAGGCAAAAGCAAAAGAUCAAGCCACAACAGCACUGUGACCCCAGCUGUAAGCAGAUUAGAGUUGUCUAUGGCGAAACCAACUCCAUGCCCGACGCCCAGGUUUGACUCCAGGGUCUUCAAGACCCCAGGCCUGCGCACGCCAACAGCCAGAGAGCAGAUUUACAGCAUCUCUGCCAAUGGCAGCCCUCUUGCUGAUGGCAAAGAGAUCUCCCUGACUGUGCCAGUGGGCGGCGGAGCGAGUAUGCGGUUAUUGGCCAGUGACUUGCAGAGGAUUGAUAUCACACAGCUGCAUCCAGAGGCUUUAGGGGACAUUAAGAAGCUCUCGAGUCAUCUCGCCCAAAUCUGCAGCAGAAUACGAUCCCACAAGUGAGGAAGCAGGACUGCAUAGGCUGUAGCAGUGACAUUGGCAGCAGAAGGUGCACAUCUCCCUCCUGUUACCCACCAUCUCCUCCUCUGUCGAUGCGGGGUACUAGGUGGGGCCUUGGAAUCUUUUACCUGCUGUGCCUAAUAGUCCUUGUCAAGCUGAUGUGUGGAGCAGAGUUUUGUGCUUAUCAAAGACCAAAAACUGGUUUGGAGGCAGCUUCCAUGUCUUGUAUUUCUACCUCUCUAGUUAGUGGGGAUUUGGAGAAGGGAAUUACAGGGCUUAGAGUAGUCUAGGAGUUUAAGUGACUGGCUGCAGA